AGACGAACAAAAUAGUAUUGAAGUGUUGUUCAUCAAAAAUGUUUAUGAUGAAAAACAGAGCGGGAUAAACUCUUCAUCCUCCAGCACCUGUAUUGAGUCAUAUCGAUUCAUGACGAGCAAGCAGGGUAGGCAAAUGCCGUAUUUCCGCUUUGGAUGAAUUGUGAAUCACCCAUCAGCAUAAUGGAGUGUAUGGGCUUAAAGCCUUACACUGAAUGUGUUCCUGUGGACAUGAUUGGAAAGUACGCAUUUGUCAUUACAUUUAAUGAAGGCAGCUGCUGUGCGGAUUGAUUCGUUAAUUAUGAUCAUGGCUUUGGACUUACGCUCGUUUAUUAUAAAAAGGAAAACCCUUAUGGUUGGCAAUUUGCAGUCAAGCCAUGAGCCAACAAGGAGUCAACCCAAAGAUACAGGGAAGAUGCACUUGACACCGUCUUGGAGGUACCUAUACCGGAAGAGAUGUUCACAAAAAUGGGCAACAAUUCAGCUUCCCGUUGGCAAAACAUGCGUGCAUUGAUGAAUGCUCAAGCUGCUGCUGAUAAAUCAGCCCAUCUCCAAUCUAAAUCAAAUACUGAAUUUAUAGCAUUGCUUAAGCUUGUCGGCUCUCCUCUUAUCCCUUUUCAGGCUCAUCCUGACCAGCCACUCACUCGUCCUCUCAAAGAUUGUUCCAUUGAAGCUUCUACCGCAAAAUAUAUAGUACAGCAAUAUAUAGCAGCAAUUGGAGGACCAGUGGCGCUGAAUUCAGUGAAGAGCAUGUAUGCAGUAGGGCAGGUUAAGAUGGCUGCAUCAGAAAUGCACCAAGGUGAUGACAGUGUGCACGCAGAAGGCAAGUCUGAGGUUGGUGGAUUUGUACUAUGGCAAAAAAACCCUGAUUUAUGGUACCUAGAACUAGUUGUUUCUGGUUACAAGGUUAGUGCAGGCAGUGAUGGCAAGGUUGCUUGGAACCAGUCGUCUUCUCAGGCCUCUCAUGCUAAUAGAGGUCCUCCAAGACCCUUGCGGCGGUUCUUCCAGGGAUUGGAUCCAAGGUGCACUGCCAAUUUGUUCUUAGAAGCAGCAAGCAUUACAGAGAAGAAAGUGAGCAAUGAAGACUGCUUUGUACUCAAGCUCGAGACCAACUCGAACAACCUUAAAGCUCAAAGUUCUUCCAAUACAGAAAUUGUACACCAUAUAAUAUGGGGCUACUUCAGCCAAAGAACAGGACUCCUUGUCAAAUUCGAGGAUACGAAAUUAGUGAAGAUGAAACCGGUUAAAGGAAAUAAUAAUGUGUUUUGGGAGACAUGUAUGGAGUCAGUGGUUGGAGAUUAUAGAUAUAUUGAAGGCAUCAAUGUAGCACACUGUGGAAAGACUACAGCAACACUUCACAGAUAUGGAGCAUCACAUAAUCAUAAGAGGAAAAUAGAGGAAACAUGGAUGAUUGACGAAGUUGAUUUUAAUAUAUGUGGGUUGUCAAUGGAUUGUUUUUUACCUCCUGCUGAUCUAAAGAGAGAAGAAGGAGGAGAGCAGUGACCAAAUUACAUUUUUUUUUCAUUUCUUUUUUUGGAAUAGGGGAACAGAAAUGUGAGUUAAAGAUUGCAGGUUGAAGGGAAAUUCCCUGUACAUGUAGGAAAGUGGAAAAUUUC